CAAACAUGGCGUCCAGAAAAACAGCGGAAAAAGUUUAAAAAUCUUUAAAAUAUUAAAUUCCUUUUUCUAUUUUGCUCAAAUAAUAAACGCGAGCUCUUAGAAUGACAACGAGGUGCAGUAGCAUAAUAAUUUAUAUAAAAGUACUGUAAAUAUUUAAUUUUUCCCCUUUAAUUUUAAAAUGUUACUUUUUUUAGACUUGACCGGCUUUUGUUGCUGUUGGACACUGGUUCGACUCCUGUUAUUAGACGAACUGCCGCUCAACAACUAGGGGAAGUUCAGAAAUUACAUCCUCAUGAACUUAACAAUUUAUUGAACAGGGUAUAUUAACUAAUCAACAUUGUAGAUUAAUUAUCUUUGUUAAUUAUGUUUGUUGUUAUAAAUUAAUCAGCUUAUCCUGCCGUCAUUUGCAUCUAGGAAUGAACAGUCGCAAUAAAAUCAUUGUCUGUUCACACAUUCAAUAGUUGUCAAGACUAUUUGAAGGUUUUAAUGAGAUCAGUCAAGGGGGCAUCCAUUUAUGCAAACAAAACAUUUCAAAAAAUUGACAUCCCCUCCCCUUGUAUGCAAAUUUCCUGACUCCCCCCUUAGUUACAUAUGUGCUAGAUGGGUUGCUCCCAAUCACAUUUUAAAACUCCUUUGAAGUUUCAACAAUGUUUUUAUUUGUGACUGAUGGUUCUUACUAGAUGCAAACAAUGAUAUUGUUGGACUGAUGGCCCGUUGUUUUGUUGGUAAAAUACACAUUUUUUCCAGAUUUGAUAACUGCAUACCAUUUUUCAUUGAAUUAUAUAGGUUCAUGUUCACUUAAAAAGCAGUAACUGGGACACAAGAAUUGCUGCAGGGGAAGCCAUAGAAGCCAUUGCGUCAAAUGUGCCAAAGUGGGAGCCUACUGGUCUUGUUGUCAAAUGUAUGGUUCUCAGUUCUAUAAUACAGUACUUAUACCAUUCAAUGUGUAGUGUUGUGUAUAUAAAUAAUAAGAGAUAUAGUGUACGAUACAACAUAAUAUAUCCUGAUGAAACUUAAAAUAUACAACCCCUGAUUGAAAGAGAGGUGCACUCCCUGAUUAAGAGUCGUACAUACUCCCCCUGGAUUGAAACAAGAUGCACCCCCUGCCUAAAAGAUUGGUGCCCACCAUCCUGAUUAAAAAAACACCUCCUUGAUGAAAGGAGAGAUGUACAGUAAAUCCCUUGCCUGAAAGAGAGGUUCAACAUCCCUUAUUAGAAGGAGGGUGCAUGCCACAUGAUUAAAAAGUGAGAUGCCACCCUUCCACCCUCUUCUUGAAAGAAGGUGUACACCCCCCUGAUUAAAAUACAUAUUCAUCAACCGCACUGAUUAAAUUUCUGCAGCUGAGAAAGAGAUGACGUCAUCAGAAACAUGUUCAGAGAAGAAGCAGAAUGUUCUUAUGUUUGAUCAGUUUGACAUCACUCAUGUUUUAAAACAUGGCGAGGCAUUGCUGGGAUCUUCAGGCCAAGAGUAUGAUGUCUUUGAUGAGGAACUACUAGGUAAGGAUAUAGUCUAUCACAUAUAGUCUAUGAACAACCGUCCCCAGUAAAGUAAAGAGUUUGGGCAGUACUUUCCUUCUGAUAGUAAUUUUGAUUUUGUUUUUUGUGUUUGAUAAGGAAAUUAGCCCCCCCCCCCACUUUGCACCCCUCUUUACCAAGAAUAGGAGAGGCACCCCAGUGAAUCCUAGGAGAGGUGCCCACACCCCAGUGAAUCCAUCCCUGUAUGUUUUACUAGGUCUUGAUGUUAAAGAGAGACUUGCACGUCAACAAGAGUUGUUGCGGAAGCGUCUUGGUAUGAUGCCAGGGCUCGAGACUGGCAUGGACAUCAUGUUGGAGGAUGAGGACAUCUUACCUGCCCAUGUUGUCGUCAAGAAAACUUUGGAGAAACAAAAAUCUAAAGAAAGUCAGGUCUGCAUGAAAAUAUGUUGAAUGUUCUCAAAAUGUACCUAUUUUUCUAAAUAUUCUCUAUCAGUUCUAAACUGUUCUCCCUAGAGGUCCAAUAAAAGUAAUUUCUUAUUGAUCCAGUGUUACUUAAAAAACUAUGGUUUUUGAUCUUGAAUUGAACACACUCUUCUCAAAUGAGGUGAAAUUAUGAGAUAAUUAUAAACCUUGGUCACAGACAUGAAAGGUACUAAGCACUGACCAUUGCGCUCAUGCGAGGCAUUCACCCCCUGAUAAUAUUCAAAAUUGGCGGACGUCCAGGGGGGACGUCUAGGACAUGACGUCAACAUUUUGAUGACGAAUCAUGGCGUGGCAGUGGUUACGCUUUUGCUUUGGCUGAGUCGACCUUCUGUGUGUCUUUAUUCUGUGCUGCCACUCUUACGUACCAUUCUGCAUUGCAGUCGACGGCAGAUCUUGUUGCGGCAGAAAUCGCGGCUAUCAGUUCCUCCGCAGAUCUGAGCUCCAGAGAAAAGAACAGAGCAAAACGAAGAGCAAAGAUUUUGGCUAAACAAAGAUCAAAAGAUAAUAAUUCUCCUGUUCCGGGGAACUCAUCUAAGUAAGUCACAUUGUAUAAUAAAACUAUUUUUAAAACGGUUAGUUUGAAAUACAACGUUCAAUCUAUGACUGGAUCUAAGAGCCAUAUUAACAGUUUCAUUACGUGGUGGAAGAAGAUUAUAAAGCUUAUGGCUAUCAUCCGCCACUAUUUCUUCAAAUAGUUUGUCUGAAAGACCGUCUGUUCGUUGGCUGAGUCGUUGGAGGGCCAGUUGAUUGUAAAGCGUAGAUCAUCCACUAAAUCAUCAGCAGAUCAUCCACUAAAUCAUCAGCAGAUCAUCCACUAAAUCAUCAAGAGAUCAUCCACUAAAUCAUCAGCAGAUCAUCCACUAAAUCAUCAAGAGAUCAUCCACUAAAUCAUCAAGAGAUCAUCCACUAAAUCAUCAGCUAAAUCAUCAGCAGAUCAUCCACUAAAUCAUCAACAGAUCAUUCACUAAAAAGAACUAUCUUUUCUUUCCAUAAAUUCGUUUAGACAGGGCAUCCAUUUCUAGUUCCAAUGAGGCCUGAAUUACUCAAAUUUGCAUGAUUUCACAUUGCAUUUAAAAAUGCUGGAACUACGACCAGAAUUGAACAUAAUGAUUUUUGAGACGUUCUCUGGUUGGAAAUAUUUAUUUAUCGGGAGCUUACGGCUGCUAGACUGCAGCUUUCAACGGGUAGUUAUGCUGCAGUAUGGUAGGCGAAAGCUCGUGAUAAGGAUUUCCAACCAGAGAACGUCUCAAAAAUGAUUAUUUCACGUUGCGUUCACACAGACGCACUAAAUGUCGCGUGAAACCAGACAACGUAACGAAUUUCCGCACGGACAAAUAGAACCGGAAUAAUUUGCGCACGCGGUUCUGAAUUGGUGUGGUUUCGUGUGAACGUUAGUAGUUCAAUGUGUUCUUGCAUUCCUAGUAGUUCAAUGUGUUCUUGCAUUCCAACAGGGAUGAAAAGGACGGACCUCCGGAGAAGAAGAUGAAACAUACGUCACAAGUUGUUGUUGAUCAGCCUGAAGAUCCUGAUAAGAUUGUUAUUGAUUCUGUCAGAGACACAACUUCGUGGAUUGAAGAGGUAUGAGAGAAAGCGACAUUCUCAGUAGCGUAGCCAGCCCGACGAUUUAGUCCCGCUAUGCAAAUAUUUUCGUAUUCAUUGACAGUGAAAACAAUUAAUUUCGAAAGAAAUGAAUAAUGAUAAUAAUUUUGAAUUUGCAUAGCAUGACUAAGUUGUCGGGCUGGCUACGCCACUGGACAUUCUUCCUAUUUUCUUUUCUCGAUUAUUGGUAAGUUUCUCUAUUAAGCGUUACAUGACAUACAGGACGGCAGAUGGUGGUAAAAUGAGACAUUUUAGGCAGGGGCGUUGGAACCGGCGGGGGGCACAGGAGGCAUGUACAAGGUAAUAUUGCUGUAAAUACUAUGUUAACAUCGAAGGUGCCCUUUUUGUUUCCUGAACACAUUUACGUAUGCUCUUUUACAUAAGUUAGUUAUGUUGUAAAUACUAUUCUGCAUCAUGUAAGUAAAUCCAGUGAAAGAAAUUUAUAGGAAAUUUAGAUGUUUCUAAACAAAAUUCGUCAAAAACGUUCAUUGUACGUUGCAAUUCCAAAUUUGGGAAAAUGCAAAAAAAAUUUCUUUCUCUCUGCCCCCCCCCCUUCCUCCCCCUGGAAGCCAGUGCCCCCCUCUUCUGAUGGUUCCUACGCCCCUGCUUAUAGGAACAAGAAAAUGAAAUUACAUGUCUCUUUUUAGGAAGUGGAGUGGCCGUUCACGACAUUUUGUCAGGAACUGUGUCAUGAACUUUUCCAUCCUUCAUGGGAGGUAAGAUUAUAACACUUCAUUCGCAAGACUGUUCGUGUAAGCAAUUGUCCUGGUGCAUUGGUUAGAUUUGGUAGAAAAGUUAAUUGCUCUCGCUAUAUCUUUUUAUAACGUAGGUCCGUCAUGGAGCAGCUACUGGUUUAAGACACAUUGUAAGAAUCAACGGUACUGGAGCUGGCAAGAGAACAGAUAUGCCUAGUGAUGAGGUGAAUAUGGGAGAGAAUCAGUAACUGAAACUAUUAGUUACCUCGGACAAAAAGCAGUUAAUCCGCGUUCGAGCGUGGUCAGAUCACGCAGCAAUAUGUUGAUAUUAUUACUUUUAACUCCAGAUGUCCACAGCAAAUGAGUUAUGGCUGGAGGAUAUGUCUUUGAAAUUGUUGUGUGUGUUUGCGUUGGAUCGUUUUGGAGAUUUUGUCACAGAUGAGGUGGGAACUUUAUUUAUACUGAGUAGCUGUUAUCAGUUCUAAGCUGUUCUUGCCACGUAACCAGUUAAGGUUAUCCUUAUGGCUUUAGUGUUGCCACAAAAGAUAACUGGCAAAACCUUGUAUUUUAAUGAUGCAUGCUGCCACGAACAUGAUGCUGGAAGCACUAUUUAAAACACAUGCAGGAGUGCUUUAUCAGAUAUAAAACACGACAGCGCAGCUUAUAUCUGAUAAAGCACAAACUGCGAGCGUUUUAAAUGGCUUAAAAAACGACCCAUCUAAAGAGUCCAUUGGCGAAGUAAUUUUAAAAAUAAGCGUUUUAAAAAUAAACAUUUUAGAAAAUCAAAGCUAAAGUUUAUGUAAAUGAACAUGAUUUUUAUCACAAAUAAAACCCCAACACGGUAGUGAUUUCCUUUAUCUUUUCUUCAUGAAUUAUUAAUGAGUUUUUUAAUAUUUGUUAUGUCCCCCAGGUAGUUGCUCCCGUACGAGAAACUUGUGCCCAAACUCUCGGUGUGGUUGUGAAACACAUGAAACCAGUCGCAGUGAAAAGCAUCUUAAACAUUCUGCUCACAUUACAAGCACAAAGUGAAUGGCAAGUUAGGCAUGGUGGCUUGUUGGGAAUCAAGUAUUUAUUGGCCGUGAGAAAAGAUAUGACUGAUCAGUUACUUCCGGUUGUGUUGUCUCCGUUAAUUAGAGGGUUAGAAGAUUGUGAUGAUGACGUCAGAGCUGUAUCUGCUACGGCCAUGUUGCCUGUUGUUGAUCAGAUGCUUCAUAUGAGUGAUCAGGUAAUGGGCGGGUUACGAUUAGGUCAAGACCGGAUUUGAGUGGAAAUGGUGGGGGAGGUGGAAAAAAAUUAGGGGAGGUGCUGUG